AUGAGCAACAAGUUCGGCUUUCUUCUGCCUUCGGACUUCUUCAUGGUGAGAGAAUAUCUCAAGUCAUGGCUCGACGUUGCACAGAAGCAUGCUCUUGAGAAGAGCAUCGCUACAGCGGGGUGCAAGUUCAGCUAUGGCUGGGCUACCACCAGGCUCAUGAACAAGUGCUUUCUUUGCUGGCAGAUGGCCGCGGUCUCGUCCUGCUGCAGCCGCUUGCAGGCUCUCAAGACGAUUCUUCAAGUCUUCAUCCCUAGAGCAAAGCUACGGGCUCUCUACCAAUGUUUUGUGAGAUUUAGACGUGAAUCAGCGCUGCGACGAGCAAAGAGGCUUGUGCGCCAGAUAGAUGAGACAGGAAGGAUGCAGGAAGCCUUACAGCAAGCCUUGCAUAAGUGGCAGGAUGAGGCUCUAUCCAAGCACAGGUCCUCGGCAUACGGAUACUCUCCUGCUUACUGGAGUCGAUCCGACUCCGAGGAGCAUGGGACGAAUGGGAUGCACUCGAGCAUCGACAAGGAGAUUGACAACCGCAGAGACAGGCGGCUGCUUCAAAUCAUUCUCAAUACAUGGCAGGAAGUCGCAGAGCGAAAUACUAACAAUUUUGCUCGUUGCCUAUGGACCUUCUCUUGUUGGUGCAGGGAGGUAAAUCGUGUCUGUCAGUAUCGAAAAAAGCUACUGAAAGGAAUCAUAAUGUCGAAGGCGUUCAAUUUUAUGCAUUCAUAUUUUCAAGAAUGGAAUAAGAGCAUCAAUGCUCGUAGCAUAAGGCUAAGAUGA